UAGAUUUCUUCAUCUCACAUGAUAUAUACGCACACAAAAUAGAGAAAAUAAUUAUUCAUAUUCACUAAAAUUUAUAUCAACAUUUUAGAAAUUUCAAUCACUCCGCCACCAUGAGAAUGUCGUUAUCGCCGUCGUCUCCGUCGGCUGACGGCAAAUUCUACGACCGUGAAAAAGAUGCCGACUUGCUCUUCCGAUCCAAACCGGUAUCCGAGAUCCGAACCAUCGAAGCUUCGACCCGGAAACAGAUCGAUGACAAGAGCGAAGAGCUCCGGCAGCUCGUCGGAAACCGGUACCGCGAUCUCAUUGACUCGGCUGACUCGAUCGUGCUGAUGAAGAAGUCGGCUGAGUCGAUCUCAGAGAAUAUUUCAGCGAUUCAUGACGCGAUUCUCAAUUCGCUCUCUUUAACUUCCGCGAACAAAUCGGUGAGUGCUCCGAACUCGACCCGAUCCAAAACAUAUGGCAUUGCGUGUAGAGUUAAGUAUUUAGUCGAUACACCGGAGAAUAUUUGGGGACAUUUAGAUGAAUUCAUGUUUUUAGAGUCGGCUACUAGGUAUAUGAGAGCUAAGCAUGUGCAUUUUAGUUUAGAUCAGAUGAAUGAUGCGAGUAAUCGAAACGUGUUAGUGAAUUUCCCGCUGUUGAGGCAUCAGUGGCAGAUUGUUGAGAGUUUUAAGGCUCAGAUAUCGGUUAGGAGUCGAGAGAGGUUGUUGUUGUUGGAUUUGUCGAAAGGAGUUGGUGUUGGUGUGUAUGCUGAUGCGCUUGCGGCUGUUGCGGUUAUUGAUGAGCUGGAUCCGGUUCAGGUCUUAGGUUUGUUUUUGGAGUCGAGGAAGUCGUGUAUUUCGCAGAAAUUGAGUGGUUGUUUGAGUGGGAGUAAUGUAGGUGGUGAGGAAGUGAUUAGUGUGUUUUGUGAGGUUUUAAAGGUGAUUCAGGUUAGUGUAGCGCAGGUCGGGGAGUUGUUUAUGCAAGUGUUGAGUGAUAUGCCAGUGUUCUAUAAGACAAUUUUGAGUUCACCCCCUGUGUCGCAGUUGUUUGGUGGAAUUACCAAUCCGGAGGAGGAAGUUAGGUUGUGGAAGGCGUUUAGGGAUAAGUUGGAGUCUGUGAUGGUAAUGCUUGAUCGUGAUUAUAUCGCACAGUCGUGUUCGGAUUGGUUGAGGAACUGUGGGGCUGAGAUAGUUUCAAAGAUUAAUGGGAGAUUUUUGAUUGAUGUGAUUGAGAAUGGUCAUCAGCUUGCUGCUGCUGAGAAGAUGAUGCGUGAGACUAUGGAAGGGAAGUUGGUGUUGGAAGGGAGUUUGGAGUGGCUUAAGAGUGUGUUUGGUUCUGAAGUCGAGUUGCCGUGGAAGAGAACUCGCGAGCUUGUUUUGGGAGAUGAUGCAGAUCUGUGGGACGAGAUAUUUGAAAAUGCUUUUAUCGGGAGAAUGGAAGCAAUCAUAGAAUCUGGAUUUUAUGAGCUGAGUAAAUCUGUUAAUGUGAAGGAGUCGAUUCAUGGUAUUGCCGAGGCAAAUGGUGACCGAGUUGAUUUUCAGGCAUACAUGAAUAGAUCUCCAAUAGGUGGUGGGGUUUGGUUCAUGGAUUUAUAUAAUAAAUCAGGUGGUUCGAAAGUUCAUGCUGAAGAAACUGAUUUUCGCUCCUGCCUCAGUGCUUACCUCGGGACUGAAGUUAGCAGGAUAAGGGAUGUUUUGGACAGUCACUGUGAGAGUGUCCUAGAGGAUCUUUUGAGCUUUUUGGAAUCUCCAAAGGCGUCUUCGAGAUUAAAGAACCUAGCUCCUUAUCUACAAAAUAAGUGUUACGGGAGUAUGUCUACCAUACUUAAAGAGCUUAAGACCGAGAUGGAACAAUUGUAUGAUGCCAUGAAAAAUAGUAACAAGGAAGGUGAGUUCGUGUUACCCCCAUCUAUAACUGUUCAGAGGUCUCUAUUUAUUGGGAGACUGUUGUUUGCAUUCCAAAAACAUUCGAAACACAUUCCUGUAAUACUUGGCUCACCAAAGUUGUGGGUGAACAAAGCUGUGGCUGACAUCCCUGGCAAGUCAGCCGUCUCAAGGCUUUCCUCAGUCGAAUCUCCUAGGCAUGACAGGACCAUAAAAAGUAGUGCUUCUUUGAAAAGGCAGAAUUCUGUAGUCACUGCAGCUUUAUAUGGAGCUAAUGAUGCUUCAAGCCCACAACUUGAAGAACUUAAUAGAGCAAUACAAGACCUUUGCAUUAGAGCUCAUAAUUUAUGGAUAUCCUGGGUCUCAGAAGAGCUUUCAGCAAUUCUAUCUCGCGAUCUUAUGCAAGAUUACAGUCUAUCAGCAACAGCUUCGAUGAGAGGUUGGGAGGAGACAGUUGUCAAGCCCGAGCAGUCUGCGGAUAGCCCCUCAGAGAUGAAAAUAUCACUUCCCUCUAUGCCUUCCUUGUAUAUUACUUCUUUCUUGUUCCAAGCUUGUGAAGAAAUUCAUAGAGUUGGUGGUCAUGUUCUAGACAGAACAAUUUUGCAGAAUUUUGCCUUGAAGUUAUUGGAAAAGGUCAUUGGUAUAUAUGGGGAUCUUCUUUCUAAUCAAGAGGUUCUUGAUACGCGUGUGUCAGAAAAAGGAGUGCUUCAAAUUCUCUUAGAUUUAAGAUUUUCUGCUGACAUUCUUUCCGGGGGUGAUUCUAGUGGGAAUGGAGAUGUUUCGAGACCUCCCAAAGUAAAGACUUCUUAUAGAAAGAGACAGGAUAAACACCAAACAAAAAAGUCUGUCAGUGGGGAGCGAAUAGAUGCGUUAAUCAAUCGUCUUGCACAGAGGCUGGAUCCAAUAGAUUGGCUCACGUAUGAGCCAUAUUUAUGGGAGAAUGAGAAGCAGUCCUAUCUACGUCAUGCUGUCCUCUUUGGGUUCUUUGUGCAACUCAACCGGAUGUACACAGACGCUGUGCAAAAGUUACCUACUAAUUCAGAAUCAAAUAUUAUGAGAUGCUCCACUGUUCCCCGCUUCAAAUACCUUCCAAUUAGUGCCCCGGCAUUGUCAGCAAAGGGAACAAGUAAGACAUCUAUCUCAGCAUCCAUGGAUGAUGUCUCUUCAAGAAAUUCGUGGAAAGAUUACAUGCACAAUGAGCAUUCCCGAAAUAUUGAUAUUGAUGAGGAUUCAGGUUUUGGGGUGGCAACUCCUUUUUUGAAAUCUUUCAUGCAGGUUGGAAGCAGAUUUGGUGAGAGUACCCUAAGACUGGGUUCCAUGCUAACAGAUGGACAAGUUAGUAGGUUUGGUGACAUUUUACCUGUCCAAGCUGCAGGGCUUCUUUCAUCAUUUACAGCCGGCAGACCAGAUAUCUGAUUGCCUUGUGUACCUUUUUGCAUCCUUAUCGGUGAUGUAUCUGGGAAGCCAAGCCCUCCAAAGAAAAGAUAUUCGUAAAGGCCAACAGAAUUCCACAUCUGAGCUCACUUUUUUGAGUCAAGUACAGUUGUAACCAUAGACAAUACAAAUUAUAGACAAAUAUAUAUACACUCAACUUAAGGCGCUGAGAGCACAUGUGGUAGUUGUUUCCAAAGUUAUUUUAAAUUUAAUCGUUCGAAGUUCUUAAAAGUCGGAUGCUGCUGCUCCAGUUGCGAGUGACCUAGUUACUAUUUUAAAAUUCUGUCUUGAGGAUUUUCUUGGCUUGCCUAUAUUUAGUCUUCAACAGGUUUACAUAGAUUUGUGGAGGAGUCAAGCAGAUAAGGAACAAGAAGAAGAAAGACUGAGAUUAUGGUUCUUUGGCCUUUGAUCAUUUGACAUUCUAUCAAGUUGCCAAGGGAAAAUAACGGAUAUCAAGCCGUCUGAUCCACUUUGGCAGGUUGUGUUCUUCAAUUGUGCAAUCCUUUGGUGGUGUGGGUACCUGACUUGGGGCACUAUUUCACUGCUUUGGGCAAGACAAAUGACAAGGUGAGUUUCGGUUUUAAUCGCGACCACGUCUACCUAAAGCUUAGGCAAGUUCUGUUUCCAAGAUGGCUGACGACCUUGGUACAGCAUCUUUCGUGGCAUUUGCCGAUGUUAUUGCGAUCCUUCUAUUGACUUGUAUGCAAUGAUAUUAUUUGUAUGUAUGGACUUCACUGAAGUCAAGUUUGUUUAUCGUUUGUGUUGUAAAUGGAACUACUCAUGUUUAUUAGCA